AUGAUAAUCUGUGCAAGCCGAGUUUCGCACCUUGCACUACAAAAGUUUCGCUCAAAUUAAAUUGCCCCACAAAACCUCAAGUUCCAUACGAUGAACACUUUGCACGGACUCAAGUAUUGGCUCUAGCCUCGGCUUCCCAUAAUGCCAAUCCUCAGCUGUGUCUUGACAACCAAAUUCCAACGAUGAAGCUUCACAAAGUUCGAACUGUGAAUUGUUCUGCCGAUUAUCCAGAUGUGGAGUGUAACGGUUACACAGCAUACGACACCGCCCAAAAAGUGAUUGUCAUUUCAUUUCGAGGAACCAAAGGACCAAAUCAAAAUAAUCAAAUUGUGGAAGGAAUGACUCGAGAUGGGCUUCUUCCAUACUUUGGAAAUGGUUCCGGGAAAAUCUUCAAAGUUCUUUACGAUUCCUUCAUGCUCCUUUGGAACGGUGGAAUGAAACAAGAUUUGAUUUACUUGAAACUUGAAUAUCCAACGUUUGAUUUAUGGGUUAACGGACAUUCUCUUUGAGCAACACUUUCAUAUGUGACGGCUUCAUACAUAGCAUCGAGAGGACUUUACAGACCACGUAAUAUGAAAAUUGUUGUUCUUGCUCCGAUGAAAUUAGGAGAUUAUAAUUUUGCAGAAUGGUAUUCGAAUAAGUUCCCAUCUUCAUUCCAUAUAAUUCACCGAUUGGACCUCAUUCCUAGAGUUCCAGCAAUUGACCCUCAUACCAAUACAACUGUGAUGUUCCACCCAAGAACCGAAGUUUGGUACAACAAUUACAUGAGAUUGAAUGACACAUACCAAAUUUGUGAAGAAGCGGAUGGAAAUAACUGUAGUGAUGCAGUUACGGAAGGAUUGAAUAUGAAUGAUCAUGGAUUCUAUUUCGAUAUUAAUAUUGCAAAUUGGGGAAAGGAUGGGUGUCCAAAAAAUACGACUGGAUAUUCGCAGCCAUGAAA